CAACAUCCUACAAAGGAUUUGGGAUAUUUGUCAGCUUCACAAUGCGCAUACAAACUUUACAUAACGCUCAAACCCUGGCUCAACCUUAACUUGCAGCAAGCAUCUGCUGCGUAGACUUUUGUCCGUCUAGCAUCUCUCGUGUGUAUAUGGUGUAAUUGAACCCAUGAAGCUUAGGAAGGCUUCAGCGCUCCUGGAUCUUGACGACCCACUGGACGCCAGCAGCGACAGCGACUAUGAAAGCAGCGCAGAGGGGUCUUCCGACUUUGAGGACGACGAAUUGUCUGCUCAGCUGUCGGCUGUCGAGGAAGGUGACGAGUACCAGGAGGACGAUGAGGAUGAUGGCAUCCACGGGGACAUUAGCGACGACGCCAGCGACACCCAGCCGGCCAGCCUGAGUUCCGAUGGUCAAGCGGCGUCACACGCGCACUCUGAAACGCCUGAGCAGCAGGGCCAUGACGUCCCCUCCUCGGACCCGGACGCCACCACCCUGACCCAGCAGCCUGACCUGCGCAGCAGCGAGGAGGAGGGAGACGAGGAGGGAGACGACGAGGAGGAGAGCGACGAAGCAGGCGACCAGGACGCCUCCUGGCCUGCUGCGCCCGCCUUGAACCCCUUCUCCCUGCUGACAUCGGAGGACGAGGACGAGGGAGAGGGUGGCAGCGAUGAGGAGGAGGCGACGGCUGUGGCAGCAGGGGCCCACCAGCAGGGCGGCGAGGCGGCGGGAGAGGGGCCCGCCGAGGGGGGUAACAGCGGCGACUGCGGCGGGGCAGCAGCGGGUGCCGCCCAGCGGCGGGCGCUUCGGCGGCGGCGGCAGCGGCAGC